CUCAAGGAUUCGUAGCAUCCGGCCCAGCCUGAGCUCGCCAUGUGGAUGGGGCCUUAUGGCCCUGGGCCCCGCCGGCCGGGGCCACUGAACCCGCGGGCGUCCCCGGUGCGGGCACCGGAGCCGAUGGCGCUGGGGUCCAUUGGAGUCCGGGAGGCGAUGACCAUGGUGGCCCCCCUGCCUGUGGGCCGUGUGGAUCUGAAAAAGGCCGAAGAGGCACAGAAGGCCGCUCAGGAGGCUGCUGCAGCCCGAGCACCGAAGCCUGCAGAUCCCAAGAAGGAGCUGGCGGAGAAAUUGCGGAAAGUCCAGGACGAAGAGAAUGGACGAGUCCUGUGGUGGAGUUUUUGCAAAGUGCACGCCAAUGGGCAGCUUGAUCCCAACCAGCAUGAUGCAGCGUUUUUGCUGACCUUUUUCGAGUGCUUUGAGAAGGGUGACAUCCUGGAGGAGCCUGGCUGCCCAAACUCAGUGAGAUUUGGUCAACAAGCAGUGCGCAAAGGCGUGUCCAAAGGAAAAGGCCGGCCUCCCAUGAAUGUGGCUGCUGCCAAAGGCGGCAAAGGGCCGAUCACUGGCUGGGGCGGCAUGUGGGGAAUGGGCAAGGGAGGGCCUAUGGAAUAUGGGAUGGUGGUGAGCCUAGCUGCUAGCUACCUUCUGCACAUCCGCCAAAAAAGGGCCGCACGUGCUGACCACACCAAGAAUCGUGGAUGAACAGCUGUCAAAGUGAUGUCAGGCACUCAAGUGGAGUCAGCAACUUCGAUAGUUGUGUGUGUGUAUCUCCAACUGGUGUGCUUUGCAGAUGUUUGCAGCGGGGUGAUUGCAGACUGGGUGCCUGCACAUGACAUGCGAGCACGAACCCAACAUGAAGC